ACUAGAUGAUGAGCAGCAAAUGAAGCAAAAACCCCGCCAGGAAAGCACGCACCCGAUUCUGAGAUUGAGUGAUAUGUAAAAAAUCGUCCCGGAGAGAUCUGACUAAGGCCGAACAGUCUGCGGUGAGGAAGCAGGACUUGUACCCGUUAAUGCUUGCGCUGGCCAUCAGAUGAGCAACUUCUGAAAAGUACAUCUGCGCUGUGCUUGCAGUUUUCAGCUCAACACUUCGGAAGAACAUCAUGGCUCUCUUGCCCUCCGCUAAUCUCCUGAUUCUUCUCAUUCUUUCCUCCCUGGAUUGGCUGCCCUCUCCAGGAUCGACGUUUCUCACCGAUUGGGACCACAUGACAUCACCUGCUCCCAUUGAGCCUCAUUUUUCUGAGUGCAUAUCAAGGGACCAGGCGACGUUCCGCUGUUGGUGGAGUCCCGGCAGCUUCCAAAACCUGUCCUCCCCUGGAGCAGUCAGAGUCUUCUACCUGAAGAAAGACUCUCAUGCCAGCCAAUGGAAGGAGUGCCCUGAGUAUAUCCAUUCAAGCAGGGAAUGUUUCUUUGAUGAAAACCACACAUCUAUUUGGAUCACUUACUGCAUGCAGCUUCGCACUCAGAACAACAUCACCUAUUUCAAUGAAGAUGACUGUUUCACUGUGGAGAAUAUUGUACGUCCUGACCCACCAGUGUCUCUAAACUGGACCCUGCUGAAUAUAAGCCCUUCUGGGCUAAAUUAUGAUGUCAAAGUUAACUGGGAGCCCCCGCCCACUGCUGAUGUUGGGCUGGGAUGGAUGCGUGUUGAGUAUGAGUUGCAGUACAGAGAGAGAAAUACGACAAACUGGGAAGCAUUGGAGAUUCAGCGAAACACUCAUCAGACAAUCUACGGCCUGCACUUAGGAAAAGAAUAUGAAGUACACAUCCGCUGCAGGAUGCAGGCCUUCAUUAAAUUUGGCGAGUUCAGCGACUCCAUCUUCAUUCAAGUGACUGAGAUUGCUAGCACAGAGUCUGCUGUCCAUCUCACAGUGGUUCUUGUGUUUGGGACUGUGGGUAUCCUCAUACUCUUCAUGCUCAUAGUCAUCUCUCAGCAGAACAGAUUAAUGAUAUUUCUGCUGCCGCCUGUUCCUGCACCCAAAAUCAAAGGCAUCGAUUCAGAGCUGUUAAAGAAGGGGAAACUGGAUGAGCUGAAUUUUAUGCUGAGUGGUGGAGGAAUCGACGGCCUACCCACAUACGCACCAGAUUUCUACCAAGAUGAGCCAUGGGUGGAGCUUAUCGAGGUGGAUGUGGAGGAUGAAGACAGUGGAGGGAAGGAGGAUAACCGUGGCUCAGACACCCAGAAGCUCCUGGGUCAGCCCCAGCACAUCAACAUAGGCUGCUCCAAUGCAGUCAGUUGCCCUGAUGCUGACUCAGGGCGGGCCAGCUGUUACGACGCAGAUCUGCCUGAACAAGAGACCCUAAUGCUGAUGGCCACCCUUCUGCCAGGACAACCUGAUGACAAAGAAACCUCCCUUGAUGUUGUAGAAAGAUCCUCAGCCUCUGAUGCAGGUGAUAGGCCUCUCAUCCAAACCCAAACUAGAGGGCCCCAGACCUGGGUCAACACAGACUUCUAUGCUCAGGUCAGCAAUGUUAUGCCCUCUGGUGGUGUGGUGUUGUCUCCUGGACAGCAACUCAGAAUCCAGGAGAGCAUCUCAGCCACCGAGGAGGAAACAAAAAAGAAGCGAAAAGGAAAUGAAGACGGUGAGGAGUCUGAGGAAGGGAAGCAGAAAGAGCUGCAGUUUCGGCUGAUAGUAGUGGAUCCAGAGGGAAAUGGCUACACUACAGAGAGCAAUGUCCAGCAGAUCAGCACUCCUCCCCCCAGCUCUCUCAUGCCUGGUGAGGGGUACCAUAUCAUACACCCUCAGCCAGUGGAGCCUAGACCUACAGUCACAACAGAGGUUAAUCAGUCACCUUACAUUCUGCCUGACUCUCCCCAGUUCCUUGCUCCUGUCGCAGACUACACAGUGGUUCAGGAGCUAGACAGUCAUCAUAGUCUGCUCCUUAACCCGCCUACCCACCACACCCCCCCUCCCUGCCUGCCACAGCACCCAUUCAAGGCACCUAUGCCUGUGGGGUACAUUACCCCAGACUUGCUGGGGAACCUCACACAAUGAAAUGACAAUGGCAUCAGAUAUAAGGAAGUAACCCACAGUCGUCCUACCUGAUUCUUGCUGGAAACCAAGUAACUGGGUGGAUAAGAUGUGCAUUAGUGUCUGUUUUCAGAGGAUGCUGAAAGGCAGAUAUGAAAAGCUGCAAGCUAUUCUCUUAACUUCUUUGCAUCUGCUCAGUCAGUUUUUUUGAGGCAGGCAAAUAACAUCACAUACCAAAUCCACAGUUUGCUCUUGUCAAUAUUCAUGCAUCCUUGCACGAUUGUAAUGAGUCAAACAAGCAUAAUAUCAGCGCUUAACUGCCUUGUGUCACAUUGCAGCUCUGGCUUAUUGUGUUCAGAGCAAUGACACUGUUACAGUCUUAAUUUUACAGAGCACUGUCAGCGUAUGAUUGAUGGUGUAUGAUUUAACAUCAAACAGAAGCCAUUGUUGAUGGUGAUGAUGUUUACACCACCGAGGUACUUUGUCAGUUUUAUUUUCUUAUAGGAGAUCGUUCUUAUCUUUCUUAUCUCAUCAUGUCAUAUUCGUACUUCACUAGAGAUAUAUUUUUUAUAAAAAACAAAACAACCUAAUACACUGUUCAGUUCGUAUCCAGAUUUAGCUUGCAUUCCUUUCUUCAUUUUCUCUAAAAAGAUAGCUGCACGCAUUUUCAGAGUAAAUAUUCAAACUGAGAUUAUAUGAGGUCAAGAUAUGUUUCUCUUAACUAGUAGUUCCAUAUACUGUUUAACACUUUAAACAAAUGAAGAAAACCGUCCAAGACACACACACACACACACACACACACACACACACACACACACACACACACACACACACACACACACACACACACACACACACACACACACACAGAUACCAAAGUCAGGGGAAACAAAUUAAAGUUAGUCUAGACAUUUAUUAUCACAGUUAUACCUCUUUCUUUCCUUGGAACAUGUUUAAAGGAAGUCUGGGAAAUGAAGGAAACACUAACUGAUGCAGAAGUAGAAGAGACAGAAAUGAAAACACUUAUUAAACUAAUACCUGGAAUGAACUGAAUAUCGCAGACUGACAUACAUAUCCCACUGUGUAAUCUUUAAAAAAAUUUGAGGUUUUUUUCAUUUUGACACCAGGUUCACACAUCACACUUGCUUUAUGAGAAAGAAUUAAUUCAGUUUUGCUCACAGCUGGGAGAAACCUGUGCUAUAUAUUACGGAGCACCACCAAGUGCCUUGCUCAAGGGCACAUUGAUAUUGUGGUUUAGUAGAGAGAAAGGAACACAUGCGCACACCUAGCAAUUCAGAGAGACGAGCACAGCUUAAAAGCUAUUCUUUAACUGCUCAAGCUUUCUACUUGGGAUUUGUAUUCUUCUCAUGUAAAUGGAGCAAGUGGAAAGACUGUGAACGUAUAUUUUAGAUGUAAUCAGCUAACACUUUAUACCAAUUAACUGCCAAGUGUUAACAGCUUGUGCCUAUAAUACAGUCAUCGGCUUGCCAGUUGUGUGCUAUGGUAUUAUGCUGAUGUAUUGCUUUGUACAGGCCAGAUCUAGAAGUGCUUUGUGUUGAUGAAUUGCGCAGAUUCGCUAUUAAAAAUCUGCACAAGCACUACAACAGCAACAUGCAUGCAUGCAUGCAUGAAAACAAAGCAUAAAAUCAUUUCUCUUAAUCAUAUUUUACAUUUUGCCUCCCUUAUAUAGUUGUUCAGCUGUGAACCAUAAUAUGCAUGAUGCUGGUCAUGCUCAUAAUACUUUUUAAAUCAAAAAUGAUUAACUGCAAACAGACAUGUACAUAUAUGUGAGGGUUCUUUCCCCAGAAAAACUGUGUUACAUAUAGUUGCUUAAUCAGAUCUAUAGCUUAAAGCCUUAUUAGCCUUUACUGUAACUUUGUCCUAGUUCAUGGAAAAUAUAAAAUUUUUUGUAAUAUAAUGUUAGCCAGAGGAAACCUUUUGUAAAGUUUUGAAAUCUCAACAAGUCCAGGAAUAAAUCAGAUGCAUUGUUACUGUUUAAAAUCCAGGCAGCCUCCAAAUGAUCUUUUCUCACCAUAAACCAAAUGUACUACAGAGCAAAGGAAGCACAUCCUGCAUAGAAAUAUGUUGUUAAAACAGAUUAGUGGAAAGAUGAGUAUAUACCUUUUUAUCAGACAAUCCCAUAGCAAAACAAGAGCCAUAUUAUUUUUUUUUACAUGGAUCUGAUUAAUAUGUCACGUCUCUAUUUCUGUCUCUUUCCAUCUCUGUCUCUCCUUCCUUUGAAAAGAUCUGUUAUGUUGUUGCACCCUAGUGCAGAUGAUACCAGCAAGUCCUUGCUGUUGCAGAAAUGUCUUAAUAUAUUUACUAUUGCUGUAAAAUUGCAAGCGUAUAUUUUUAUGUCAUUAGUAAUAGCCACAAUAUAUUGCUGCUCAGUGCAUGCAUUUUUCCAGCAUUCAGCCUUUCUAUAGUAUCAGUUGAGAGAGUGCAACAAUCACUGUAACAUGCACAAUUGUUGAUGUUUUGUGGGCGAAAUCAGUAAUGAGUAGCAUUAUUAACAGGACUGUUUCGCCCCCAGAAUCCUUCACAGUGUUUACUCGUCCAAAGAUUCCCAGAAGGCUCUCUGUCUAUAAGAAGGAAGAUCCGAUAAUGGGAAUAGCACUGUUUUGAUUCUGUAUCAGUUGUACCACAGUGAUUUUAAAAGUGUGAAAACUGAAAUAUGAAACAGCAACAACAACAAAAAAAAAGUUCAAUCUGUGAAAGUGGUUUUUUUUAAAGGUUACAGUAGGGUAGAAAUAUUUGGGAGGUGCUUCUUUUCUUCAAGCUGUACAAAUGUUUACUAUAUUUCAAUUGUUAUUUCAAGCUUAUAAAUGUUACAGACACUUUAGAGGAAGCACUUUGUACACAUACAAUAUAUGUCUGAUGUUAAAAAUAGUAGUCAGAUUUUGUAAGUGAGUGAAAAAAAAAAUAGCACUAUAAAAUAGCAUAUUAUAUUUUCUAGUGAGCACAGUAAUCAGAAAAUGAGGAACAGUAUCAGUAUCGAUAAGCUUCAGUUUUGUUUUACGGAGUUUAUUUUGAAAGGACGUGUUUUACACUAACAGAUUGCUAGAAAGAUGUACUGUAAUGGAGUAUUUAAUAUUUGCUAUAAGAUUUACAGAUAGAUAAAGCAGAUUUUUUAAGUCAUAUCAAAAAUAGAGGCAGAGUGAAAUAGGUAUAUUGUUACUCUGUACUCUGACUUUCCUCCCACAGUGUGAUUUCAGCAUUUCAUUAUUUGAAAGUGCAUUUUUGAUGGGGGGGGGGGGUUAAAAUAUUUUAUAAUGAUGCAUUCUAGCCCCCAGUCUGUCAGUCCAAGUGUGGCUUUUGUCGUGCUAUCGUGUCUGGAAGUAGUUUUGCUGGAAUCUGUGCUGCUUGUUACUCUUUAUCAAGCAAAGAGCAGUGAGCCACACAUUUUUCAGCUUGUUGAGGAAAUAGUUUAAUUCUUGACUUGAGUACAGCGGUAUACAGUCUGGUUUUUAAUGACCUUCAGUGGCUCCACUCUAUUUCCUUCUAUGUGCUAUUUAUUUGUCUGCUUAGAGUCCCGCCACCUUACCCAAGUUAACUGUGAAUGGUGUAGCAUGAGUAAUAUAUUCUCUGCCAUUUGUCAUCUUGUUUAAUACAACUGGAAAUGUUCUGCAUGCCGAAAUCAGACACAUCACCAUUGUGGUCUCAAGUAUGAGGUUUUGAUUAUGACUUAUUUCCUUCAUAUUUUUAGACCUCCCCGUGGUUGGAGCCACUGUCCUUGUCUGUUGGCUGCUGUUUUACUCAGGGCCAAGAACGUGAUGUUUAUUUGAUAUUGUUCUCUUGCCAAUUGAGCCUUUCUGGUGUUGUAUAUGUGAUCAAUAAGCUCUCAGCAAGUUAUAGAAUAAAUAUACAGCAUCUUGGUCAUUAUUUUUGUCAUGUUGUC